GCUAGGCUACAGUAAGAAGCACUGAACUGCACUAGCCAGUGAAAAGUCAAUUCACCGUAAACAAGGAUGGUUGUCAGAAUUAUAAUUUUUAAAUGGCCUAGGUCAUUUUGAUGUUUUGAGCAAAUGUUUAUUUGCAAUCUAAUUUAGUUUUCAACCAUAAAAACAUGCCUGUCAUUACAAUAGUAUUUGGUUUAUCGCUAUGAUGUGAGUGUGAGGGGUUUCUUUUUGCGAUGCGGAAGAACGCCUUUGCUACCCUAUUUAUUGUCUCUGUCAUCUCGUACGCAACAGUUUACUACCUAAGCAGUCAAAGGCCCCAGCAUCAGCAUUUGGUUUUAAACUUGGAUGAGGUAGAUAAAUUGGUUGACUUAGAGCGCAAGAUUGAAGUAGAACAGAAAGCUCUUCAGUCACUUCUGGAGAGACUUAAAACUUCUAUUCAGACACAAUGGGAGGACAAAAAGUUAAUCGAAGAAAAGAAAAAAGUGUUUGAAGAACUGUCCAUAGAAGCAGAUGAACUUUAUAAGAGAAGGACAGAGGAAUUGUUGCAACAUCCUCCACAAGCCAUUGCAGUGUUGGUGCUAGCUUGCAACCGUGUAACUGUCACUCGUUGUUUGGACCAGUUGCUGAAAUACCAGCCUGAUCCAGCUUUCUUCCCAAUCAUUGUCAGUCAGGAUUGCAGUCAUGAACCUACAGCAGAUGCCAUUCGAGGUUAUGGAGACCGUCUUUACCACAUUCAGCAACCAGACCAAAGUGACAUACAAGUGCCACCAAAAGAAAAGAAGUUCAAAGGAUAUUUUAAGAUAGCACGGCACUAUGGAUGGGCUCUAAAUCAAGUAUUUAACUUCUUCAACUUUAACAAUACAAUUAUUAUUGAAGAUGACUUGGAUGUCUCCCCUGACAUAUUUGAGUACUUCCUCGGAACACUUCCACUGUUGCACUCAGACCCUACACUUUGGUGUGUUUCUGCUUGGAAUGACAACGGGAAACUCAACUUGGUGAAUAAGGAAGCAAGAGAUGUUAUAUACAGAACAGACUUCUUUCCAGGACUAGGUUGGAUGCUAAACAAACAACUGUGGAGUGAGCUUUCCGUCAAGUGGCCUACCAGCUACUGGGACGACUGGAUUAGACAACCUGAGCAGCGAAGGAACCGAGCUUGUCUUCGGCCUGAGCUGUCUCGGACACGCACAUUUGGCAAAAUAGGUGUAAGCAAUGGCCUUUUUUAUGAAAAAUACUUGAAGUUCAUUCACCUCAACGAUCAGUUUGUGCCUUUUACCCAGAAGAAUUUGACAUUCCUUUUAAAGGUAUGUAAAUUGUUUCAUAGGGAUUUCAUCACAUCUUUCCAGCAUAAGCUUUGCCUUUUUCUCAGUGGGUGGGAUUCGCUCAAUAAAAUGUCUUUCUGUAAGAGGCGAGAGAUGGCUUGGGCUCAAUUGAUGGCCGUCCAAACACUGGUCUCUUCACCUCUGACCCAUAGGUGUGAAUCAGGUCCUUGA